AUGGACGCUGGUAAGCUGGAGGCCGUGCCUCCCGGGUUGGUUCACUUGGACACAGUGAGAGCAUUGCAUCAAACAGUAGUGUCACUUCGCACUGCCUUGGAAUUGUCUAAGAGUGAACUCAAGGAAUUGAAGGAAAAAUAUGAAGAACAAUCUCGUUGCUUAGAGCACACAGAUAUUAUUGAAAAGUUGACAAUUGAAAAUCAUAUUUUAAGAAGAAAAAUCAUUGAUAGUGAUAGCUCCCAUAAUUUAAUCUAUGAUAAUUUUAGUGAAGAAAAUGAUUAUAAUGAAGUAAAUAUAAGAACAGCAACUACUGAAGCUAAAGAAGAUAUUCCAAAUCCUGUUGAAGCUGAAAUUAAAUUGGGUUUACAUAAACUUGAGGAAAUUACUGAAGAAGUUUCUGCAACAUCAAACCCUGAAACCUCAGACAUACAUGAUUUCUCCCACAUAGAGGAACUGAAAAGUGAAUCAGUACUAGAUAAAAAUAAAACAAAUUUCAAAACAAAAUUGGAGUUACUAUCAAAAUUUGAUGUUAAAAUUAAAGUGACAACCUUGAAAGAAGGCCUAUCAACAACUACUUCUGAGACAGAUUCAACUGUGGAUGAAAAAGGUAAACCAGAAACCUUAGAUAGGGAAUUCAAAGAGCACAGAGAGCAUUCUGAGAAUCCAAAUGGCGAUAAAGUUGAUGUAAGAACUGUUUCAAGUGAGAAUAUCAAAAUGGCUGUCCCAAGUGAAGCCGAUAAUAAGUCGGAUAAGUUUGAUGUCCAAGUGAAGAUAACUUCUGAAGAUAGCGUUGUUGUGAAGGAAAAUUUUGAAAGGGUGAAAAGAAAAGAGACAUUUAAUUUAGAUGUGGACAAUUUAAGUCUGAGGUCAAUGUCAGAAGGUGACAACUCUGUGUUCUCUGAAGGAACAACCCCAAUGGAGCAUAAUGCACCAGAUGAUAAACAGGAACAGGAAAAUAGUGGCAAUGAGUCUGAGGAAGUAGACGAUAUUGAACUUAUAUUCACAACGGAUGAAUCUAAGGAUAUAAGCAAUUUGCAGGAAGACCUCGUGUCUAUCCGGGAAUCGGAUCACUGGACUCCGGGCUCGACGUCGACCGCGCACUCCACUCCAGUGCUGAUUAAAUUCCACACUCUCGACCCAGACUUCCAGCCGGGCGAGAUCACUGCUAAUAAGAGCCAGGAAAAUAUCCGAAUCGAUCCAUGCUUAAAAGUAAAAAGAGUGUCGCUGCCUAGCGAUAAAGAUAUAAGACACGUCGGCUUCAGCAAGGGGAGCUUAGACAUUCCGAGUCGCGGGAUUCUGAAGAGUUUUACCAAUAAAUCUGAUAACACGCUGUACAGAAGGAGUCCCAAUGCGAGCACCAGGCGGCUGGACAGCGUGGACAGCUUGACUUGCGAAUACAACCGAGGCUUGAGUCUCGAUCACACGAAGUCUUCGAGUUUUGAGCUCGGCUCGAGCACGGACAUACUGCAUAGAGAAGCGAGCGUGGACAGCGUCAGUCGAUCGAGAUUCGACAGAUUUUCCGUAUUCGCAGAGACGGAUAUAUCGAAGUGCGGGAUUUCGGAGGACGACUUAGUCGCGAAUUUAAAUUCUAGGAGGAACACUUGCCCCAAUCCUUUUCAGUUCAGGCCACUGCCCUCUCGUUCUGGAAUCAGAACUCCGUCGAAGCCUCUUUCGAGCCGGGUCAGACCCAUCUUACGAGAGAGCUAUGCGCCGAGGAGGGAGGGGUCUGCACAGACCGAUAUGUCUGCUCUUCCACCGCGAUGGACGUCCGAUGGAUAUCUCGCUUAUAAAAUGUCACCUCCAGCAUCUUGCGCAGCGCCGACAUUGCCGCAACGCACGAGCCCCCCGCGGCGGCUGGCAGUCCCCGAAAGGACUCCGCCCGUGCAGCGGAGGUCGGACGAAGCUAGACGCGUGCUGCUAAGUGAUAUUGGUUUCACGUCGAUGGUCCCAGAGUUGUCUCGCUCCGCUGAACCGCUGUGGACCUUAAGAAAGGCUCAACAGCAGUCCAUCGAGAGUAGAAACAGUCGUGGUUCCUACCACUCGCCCAGUGCCAGUGUGGAGAGGAGCUCGGAAUGGAACUAUGGCCAACCAUCUCGAGGUGAUUGCAUGUCAUGGCGCGGGUCCUUGCCGGACGUACGACGCGAUGACACAGAUACAUUGCUGCACGACACUGAAACGUUUUUGAGACGAUCCAUCGACAAUCUUCGUUCUACAUCACUUGAUCUGGAUGCCACAUUCGAAAUAACGGGUCAGCCUUACAUCCCGAGUGAGCCUAGGCAGCUGCGACUUGGACACGCGGUCAAACUUAUCACGCCACAGGGUAGGCUGGCUGUGGGAAAAGUCAGAUACGUUGGUAUUGCCGGUGGUACAGCUGCGAACAGUGGCAUCGUGGUAGGAGCGGAAUUCUCGUCGAUGGAGUACCCAGGUCUUCCUCGUAACGAUGGCACUUAUCGAGGCAGAAGGUAUUUUUUAACACCACCACAUUUUACGGCCGUGUUUGUCCCGUUUUCGAAAAUCGUAAUGGCAUGGGCAAAUUAA